AUGGAGCAUAAAGAUAAUUAUGUUUGCUCAGCUUUUGGGUAUGGAAAAUAUGGGCAGCUCGGAGCGAUUUCUAUUACUCCAAGCCAAGUUCCCAAUAUAAUCAACGUUGACGAGCCUAUUUUUUCAGCUUCAGCUGGAGAAGGCCAUACUGCUGUGCUUACAGAAAACUUUCAUUUGUUUACUUUUGGAAGGAAUGCGUUUGGACAGCUUGGUCUUGGGCAUAAUUUGCCUAUUUAUGUGCCUACUUUGUUACAAUCGUUGAGUUCUAAACAAAUUGAGGCUGUUUUUUGUGGGGCUGAACAUACUUUGGCGAUAACUGCAGAUGGCGAAGUUUAUACAUGAGGGUUGAAUAUAAAAGGACAAUUAGGGCUGGGGGACAAUUUGAAUAGAAAUUCUCCGACACUGGUAGAAAAUGUUUCUAGCAGGCUGGUACCGAAUCAGAGCUGUAGCUUGGAGAGAGGGGAAAGGGCGAUUUCUGCAGCUUGUGGAGCAUUGCAUACACUGAUUUUGACUGAUAGGAAUAAAGUAUUGUCGUGUGGGCAUGGGAAUAAUUUUGCAUUGGGACAUAGCACACAAGAAGAUGUAAACCGAUUCAGACAAAUCAGACAUUUAGAAGGGAUGGGAAAGGUUGACAAGCUAGAAGCAGGAUUAACCAGUUCUGCAGCAAUUAUCCAAGGAAAUUUAUAUCUCUGAGGAAAAAUAAGUGUCCAAACAUACCAAGUUCCUUCACAAAUAUGCUUUGAAGUAACCUCACCCUCAAUAAGCAGGGCCAAGUCAAAUUCCCCCAGAAGUGGGAAUGUUGAAGACGUAGCCCUCGGAGAUAAUUUUGUAUUUUGCAUUGUCAAAGGAAACCUAUGAGGCUGAGGAGAAGGCGCUGGGCUCAGAAAACAAGAGCCUACCCGCUUACUCCUCCUUAUGAGCAAACAAUAAAAUUUUGAUUAAUCGGUGGGGGACUAAUUUUUUUUAAAUUUUAAAUGGGAGUGUUUAAAUUUUUACAGAAUUAGAUAGAGAUUUCAUUAUAAUAUUUUUUAUAAAAAAUGUUUUCUAUUAAAAAAUUAUUUUUAAUGACAGGUGAGUUUUUUAUCUAAAAAUAGAGAUUUUUCCCAAUGAUUUAUUCGCUAACGAAGGGGGAAUUAGAAAUAAACAAAGCUAUCAAAUAUGUAAGCUGCGGCUUGAAGCAUGCAGUUGGCAUCACAAACGACUACAACAUUUUUGUAUGAGGAAACGGAGAUUUCGCCCAAUGUGGAGAAGUUGGCAGCGCAAACACACCAGCUUAUUUGUCAAGUUAUACAAGUGCGCUGGCAUCUAAAAUCGCUUGCGGGAGCUACCAUACUGUAGUUUUAUCUGAAAGGCCGCCAUCUAUAGUAAAUCAGCACCAAUCAAGGUCAAAUCUUGAAGCUGAGUGCUCACAGCAUCUUGCAGAAAUUCAGAGGCUGAAAAAAGAGCUUGAAGAGUAUAAGAAGUCGUCAGAUAGUGAAGUAAUAAGGAGGACUCCGCAGAAAAAUGCGUAUUUAGAAAAAGAUUUGGUGAAAAUUGCAUCAAAUAAUAAACAUGUGACUCCUUAUUUUGAAGUAAGCUAUGAGGAAUUACAGAUUGAUCCUGAGCCAAUAGGAAGAGGAGGAUAUGGGACUGUUUAUAAAGGGAAAUGGAGAGGAAGCACAGUGGCGAUUAAAAAGAUGAAAAUGGAGGCGGGGCAUGAUCGAUAUGUCUCUUACAAUGAAUAAUAAUUUUUAUAUAGACUUGUUGGCAGAUAGUUAAAGUUAAAUACUUAAAAUGAUUAUACUGGCCAUAGGUGAAUCUAGCUACUCGCACUUUUUGGAUUUCGGACCUGAACCACCUGUCCCCUUUUGAGCAGAUCCAUCGGCUGUGAGACGCCCCAAUGCUCCAUAUGAGAGAAGACCAUGUGGUAGGUAAAACCUGUCUAGCCAAUCUUGCAAUGACAGAAAAACCUUCGGUAGAAACAAAGCUUACCUUUCGGAAAGGCAUCCACAACCCUGAAGGUCUACUUCUAAAGGUACAGAGGCCCUAUUUUCAGCUUUAUCAGGAUAGGUCCUAGCUGCUCCAUAGGGAGCGAGCCUCGGAUUCCACUUUCACCGUUUAUUUCUUAUUAGCAGAUAGGCUAUUUAUAUAAAAUAGGAUACAAAGAAUUCAUUCAAGAAUGCCAAACAAUGGUCUCAGUGAGACAUCCAAAUAUUGUUCUUUUUAUGGGAGCCUGCACAAUAUCUCCUAAUUUAUGCAUUAUAUUAGAAUAUUGCGGAUAUGGCUCAUUAUGAGACGUCUUAAGAAACCACAGCGAGCCUUUGCCAUGAUAUCUGCGUUGCAAAAUUGCUUUGGACACAGCCAAAGGUGUAAACUACCUUCACAAAUUUCCUACCCCUAUUUUACAUCGGGAUUUAAAAUCUUUGAAUAUCCUAUUAGAUGACGCACAAAACGCAAAAAUCGCUGAUUUUGGCUGGACAAGAUUUAAAGCUGAUGCCAUGACAAAUAGAAUUGGGACAUAUCAAUGAAUGGCUCCCGAGGUUAUUUUAGGGCAAGAAUACUCAGAAAAAGCUGAUGUUUAUAGCUUUGGGAUUAUUCUAUGAGAAUUAGCUACAAGAAAACCACCAUUUAGAGAACUUAAUGGAAUCCAGGUUUCCCAAGAAGUCGUAAGAAAUGAUCUAAGGCCACCUGUCCCUAAAAGAUGUCCUGAAGCGUUUGUGUCGCUGAUGACUAGAUGCUGGGAAAAGCAGCCAAAUCUGAGGCCAAGUUUCGAUGUAAUUAUAGAAGAGUUGGAAGCAUUUUUGAAGUUUUUGGAAAGGUCAUCAGUCUAA